UUGUGUACGCAAUGCCAGGCUUGGUGUCUGGGCAGUUGCAUGCCGCCUGCCUGUGGAAGGAGGGAUGCUGGUUCUGUAGCUGCAGGAACAGGCAGGCAGACUGACUGAGCACACCCCCCCCCCCUCCCGUGCCUUUUUCUCCCCAGACUCUCCACCGGAGACACAGAGGGAGAGACAUCACUGCUCAUUUGAGAUCCUGGGGAUUUCGUGCCCGGCAAAAAAAAUUGGUUUCAAAGUCCAUCGUCCUGAGAAACUGCCACAUUCUCGCAAAAGGUAUUCUUUCUGGUGAUUGAAGCUCAUCUUGGAACAAGGUAGAAAGCAUGGGAAAAAACCUUGACUUGUCUGGUUUGACAGAUGAUGAAGCUGAACAUGUGCUGCAGGUUGUCCAGCGGGAUUUUGAUCUACGAAAGAAGGAACAAGAACGACUGAGUGAACUGAAGCAGAAACUGAACGAGGAAGGCAACAAACGCACAAUCCUUUCCAAGCAGGAGAAGUUCAAUGAGAACUGCUGCAUCCGCUGUUGUAGCCCAUUCACCUUCCUCAUUAACACCAAGCGCCCGUGUAUUGACUGCAAGUUCAACAUCUGCAAGAACUGUGGUGCAUACAGUAAGAAAGAGAAGGCCUGGAUCUGUAUGGUGUGUCACCAGGCCCGGCUGCUGAGGACCCAGUCUUUGGAAUGGUACUACAAUAAUGUCAAGGGCAGAUUCAGACACUUUGGCAGUGCUAAGGUGGUUCACACAUUGUACAAGAAACGCCUUACAACCAGGAGGAGUUCAUCAAACGUAUUAGAAGGCAAUAUUCUUGCUGAUGGCCAAGAGAACGAAGAGUGUCUCUGUGGAAAUGACUCCACGUCCGACAGACAAACUGAAGGUCACACAAUCACUGAAACUCUAGCUGCGGCCUUGCGGGUGGCUGAGGAAGCAGUUGAAGAGGCUAUCACCAAAGCAGAGUCCUUCAGUGACAGUUUGGAAAAGCAAAACGAGAGCCAUUAUUUACAAGAGCACAAGGAGGAACUGAUCGAAGAACUUGCGACAACUAUAAUGCAAAAGGUGAUACAGAGGAAGAAGUCUGGGAGCAGAUUGACUGAUUCUGAAUCUGAACAGUCCCAUUCGCAAAACAGAGCCUCAAUCUAUCCACUUUCCAUAAAAGAAAAUGCCCCUGACAGUUGCAGUAGGAUGUCACAUCUGUGGAGAUCCCACUCUGAAUUCUCUCUGACCAGCGAGGAAAAUCUAAGUAAAGACCCAGCCGAGGCUGAAAAAUCUUCUGCCUCCGGGGUGAUGGCGAUGCAUGGGCAAUUCCAGUCCUCAGAAAGUUCUGACUUAAGACCCUAUUCACUGCCAAGUUGGAAAAGCAUGGAUUUUCUGGAUAAUGCAGGUUCCUCAGCAAUGGCCAUGAUGCACAGUCCUGAUGGGAACUGGAUGGCAAUGCAGAGCACACCAGCUAGCCGCCCUCGAUUGCUAGCCAAACCAAAGAGCAGAGUGUUCAUUGCAUUGGAGAAUGAGGCAGACAUUGUGUCCGCUUAUGACGAGAUGGGGACAGAUGAUGACAAUGACGAUGAUAUUGGUUGGAGUGCUGCUGACCUCGGUGAGUUGAGGCAAUGCUCGGCCAAGCUGUCAGAUGAGACCUACUUCACUGACUCGCAGCACGACAAUGACUGGCUGGGCGCCGACGGAAAGCGCCAGCCGGUCACCUCGCCAUCUUCUGGCCGAUACACCAACACGGAGGCCAUGUGCUCGGACUCGGAAACAUCCUCCACCGGCUCGGUGCAGAUAUCGAUACGCGGCUCAGAUGGCCGGGUUACUGCAGACAAGAGAAAGUCAAGCCACAACGCAGCCAAACCAGCCAGUGCUCACUCUGCUGGGCAGCUGGACAUAAACUACAACGCACAGCCGCAAGGAUUUGGGAACGUAGACAGCAGCGAGGGCGAAGAUAUCCCUGAUGAGUCAGAGAGGAAACACAGGCGGAGAAGACGAAACAAAUGCUCACCUCAGGAGCACGAAACAGACAGCCCUUUGAAAAUCCAACAGUCGCUUUCUAAAAACACAUGCCAGGAGCUGAGCAGGUGUAUGUUCGUGAUGGAGCAGAGCCUUUCAAGGCUGGAGAGGAGAAUUAGUUUGGGGACCUGGAGCAGAGAGGAAUCGCCUAUUUCUGCACAUAAGGCCCAAAACCCAGAGAGGAAAUCCAAUCUGGAUCCAGAUAGUGGAGUCACAUUUUCUAGAACUCAUGCAGAUUUAAUGGAAGAGAAACUAAGAACCAAGUUGGUUCGGCUUGCAACAAAACUAAGUGACAAGGAGUCGUCAUCUGGGGAUGAGCUCGAUCCAGAUACAACUGAGGGAGCUCAGGAGAGCUCGUGUGAUGAAGACCACAAGCACAUUCAAGAUGAACUCAUGAGAAAGUAUUCUGCGAUCUCUCUCUGCAACAUUACAACAGAAGCACUGAAAGUCAUCAAUGCCACAGAGGAUCUAAUCGGGGAGGCCACAGGUGCAAGUAACUCCCAGUCAGAGCCGAGUGGAGGAAGAAUUCCAACAGGGAAGGAAGCUGUGAAACUUGAAGAGCAGCUCACUAAACUGGAGGAAAAUAUUUACAUAACAGCAGGCAGUGUGUAUAGUUUGGAGGGACAGCUUAAUGACCUGGAGGAUUGUGCACGGAGCAUUCACAGUAUAACUACGGAGACAGAGCUUGCAGAUCUAGAGGACCAAGUGGCAACUGCAGCUGCUCAGGUUCACCAGGCAGAGCUCCAGGUUUCAGAUAUCGAACGCAGAAUUUCAGCCCUGAACGUGGCAGGUUUGAAUGUGGUUCCCUGUGACCGGCUUCUGAAAAAACGCAACCAGCAAGAAGUGAAGGCAGAAACCAUUGAUUCUUCCAGGCAACAGAGGAGAAAGCUACCAGCUCCACCAAAGCAAGGAGAGACAGUUGACAGCACUCCAGGUAUGUCCAUCAGGACCUACAGCAGGAAUAGCUUGUUCCAAGAUUCAGCAUCACGGCACAAUUUAAAGGAAGACCUUUAAAGGAAGACCUUGUUGAUCCUUCUAUAAAAUCUUCACCAUACUGAGAACUGGACACCCUCUCUGAAGAGAACUCACUGCUUAUGGCUGUCCACUAGAGUGCCUUGAUACAACAGCCAUGGAAAAUCUAAUCCUGCCACCACUCACAAUCCCAUAUGGAGCAGACUCUCACUGGAUACCUCCCUGAAUUCACCCCGUGACACUUCAGGAUUGUACCUUUACUGUGGUAAAAAGAAAUUCGUUUUGCCUUAAUUUCAGAGACCUUUUGGGAAUUGUGACAGAUCUCUCUGUACCGUUGGCCCACGCCACUCAAAAAGCACCUUGAUGUGUUUGCUGUAGAAAACUAGUCGUUGUCGUGUCUGUGAUUGUCUUUAACUGGUAGCACACACUUGAUGUAUUUGGAAGCAAGGUUAUUUGUAAGUGAUUUGCCAACUGCAUUAUCUUGAUCAACUGAAAAAGUGGUUGCCAAAAUACAACUUGGAGGUCUACAGUACCUCUGACAUGUUGGUGGUUACUGUCAGUUCAUUGGGGAUUGAUCCCUGGAGCAAUGACAUUAUUGAAUCUUUUUUAAAUGUUAUUUUAAAGUGCACAUUUAUUUUCAUACAAUUUUGAUCUCAAAUUGUUAACUGAAUUUACUUUUGCAAUGAGUUCAAGGAACUUUCAACCUGAGUUUGUGGAAUGAGCAUUGCCAAUCAAUGUAAUUUUUUUGCUUUUUCAAAGCAAGUUCUGGUUACGGGAGAAUCGAGCACUUCUCUCAGCACUGGGGACAAAGACGGUAAAGUGUGGAAGCAAGAAACAAAAUCACAAUAUCAGAACUUAUCCAAAAAGGAUAAUUGGCUUGAGUGGACAGACACUGAGUGGCAAUGGUUCAAAUUCCAGUUAAAUUUAGGCAUUACAACUCAAUAAUCAGUCUUCAUUCAAUGGAAUUUACUUAUGAUUGAAUAAACUUUAGGUGUUAUAUAUAAAAGUAGGGCAUCUCCUGCAUGAUACAGAUACUGAGUCGGGAGUGUGCUUCGCUCAACUUACAAUUUGAGAAAACACUUCAAGUCAUGAUAUCUUCCUAGAAAACACCCCCAUUUACAAUAACAAUUUUCAUUUACAUAUCAUCUUUAAUGUAGAAGAGAUUGUUUUAAAGGUGCUUCAAUAGUUAAGGGAAAACCAAUUUUGAAAUCUGCACAAAUCUGAACAAACGGGUAGAUAGCUAGAUCAGGAUCACGUAAUCAGGACAUGGGGAAUGCCAUUUAGAACUGAGGUGAGGAACUUGUCACUCAGAGAUUGUUAAACAUUUGAAAUUCACAAUUCCAUAGGGCUGUGAAGUUUAGUCGUUGAGUAGGUUCAGAACAAAGGUAGAUAGAUUUCUAGAUAUUAAAGGUAUCAAGAGAUAUAGGGAUAGUGCGGGUGUUGAGGUAGAAAAUCAGCCACAAUCUAGUUGAAUUACAACACUAGAAUCUAUCUGACAAUGUGGAAAAUUGUCCAGAAAUGUCCUGUACCUAAAAUGCAGGACAAAUCCAACCUGACCAGUUACCGCCCCACCAGGCUACUUUUGAUCAUUAGUAAAGUGAUGAAAAGUGUCAGUAACAGUGCUAUCAAGCAGCACCCACUCAGCAAUAACCUGCUCAGUGACGCCCAAUUUGGGUUCCAUCAGGGCCACUCAGCUCCUGACCAAAUUCCAGCCUAGGUUCAAACUUGGAUUACAGAGCUGAAUUCCAGAGAGAACAUAAGCUUGCUUUCAACCAACGGUGGCAUCAAAGACCCCUAGCAAAACUAGAAUCAGUGGAUAUUACUGGGCGAACUCUCUGUUGGUUGGAGUCAUGCCUGACACUUAGGAAGAUGGUUGUGUUUGUUGGAGAGUAAUCAUCUCAAUUCUAUAAGGUCUGUGCAGGUUAAUGUCCUCGGCCCAACCGUCUUCAGCUGCUUCAUCAAUGACCUUCCAUCGCAAGGUCAGAAUUGGAAUGUUUGCUGAUAAUUGCAUAAUUCUCAGCAUCAUUUGUGAUUCCUCAGAUACUGAAGUAGUCUAUGUUCAAAUGCGACAAGAUUGAGGUAAAUUCCAGGCUUUGGCAGACAAAAGGCUGUUAAUAUUCAUGACACACAAAUGCCAGGCAGUGACCAUCUCCAAUAAGAGAAUCUAAUCACCACCCCUUGACAAUCAAUGGUGAACCCCCUGCUAGCAACAUCCUGGGAAUACCGUUGAACAGAAUCCCAACUGGGCUUGUAACAUCCAUAACACAUAAGUAAUAUAAUAGCUACAAGAGCAGAUCAGAGGCGAGGAAUUCUGUGAUGUGUAACUCAGCUCCUGACUCCCCAGAUAUUGUCCACUAUCUACAAGGCACAAGUCAGGAGUGUGAUGUAAUACUGCCCACUUUCCUGGAUGAGUGCAGCCAUUCUAGAUGCUUGAUAUCAUCCAGUACAAAGCAGCAUGCUUGACUGGCACUACACCCACAAACAUCCGAUCCCUCCACCACUGAUGCUCGGUAGCAACGGUGUAUACCAUCUACAAGAUGCACUGCAGAAGUUCACCAAAGGUCCUCAGACAGCACCUUCCAAACCCUCGACCACUUCCAUCGAGAAGGACAAGGGCAGCAGAUAUAUGGGAACACUACCACCUUCAAGUUCCCCUCCAAGUCACUCACCAUCCUGACUUGAAAAUAUAUCACUGUUCCUUCAUUGUCACUGGGUCAAAAUCCUGGAGUUCCUUCCUCAUGGGGGUUGUGGGAAAACCUACAGCACACAGACUGCAGGAGUUCAGGAAGGCAGCUCCUCAAGGGCAACCAGGGAGGGGCAGGAAAUGCUGGCCCAGCCAGCGAUGGCCACAUCCCACAAAUGAAUAAAAAGAAAGAAUGAUGGAGCAGGUUCACGGGGCCAGUAUUGAUCCAGAGUCCCCAUUUUUUUUAAAAAAUUAAUCACAGCUUCCUAUUACCACCUAAACUGUUACAUGUUGUGCAGUUUGGGCUAUUUCAAAGCCACACUGACUUUACAGCUGUCGAAAAAAAAUGGAUAGAUAAAACUGAAACUUAUAUGGAACCUUGACUGCUUUAAAGUAGCUGCAACUAUCAGAUCAAUAGUUCGGCAGCAACAGAGCAGGAUUUCUAGGACCUAAGUUGCCAGCUGAUUCUGACCUGUAUCAACAAUUCAGUUGAUGUGCCAAUGUUCAGCCUGCUCAGUAGUGGGGAGGCCACGUUUCCACAGCAUGUAUACUCGAAUGCUGACAUCAAUCACUGUGACGAAGGUACUGGCCAUCCACGUCACACACACACAGUGGAAUUUUCCCUGUAUUCAACCCCUUAACUGGAUCUUUCCGCCAUUCAUCCUCCACUAUCAUCAGUGCUUGGGUUGACACUGAGGUCAUUGUGUGGGCUGUCACAUCAUAUUAUUAGUCAAUGGAAAGUCUGUACGUCCCCCCCUUACAGCAACUCCUGUCGUGCCCCCAGGCCACUGAGCCUUAUUGCAUCUAUUAUGCACCAAAAUCAAUUUAAUGAUGGGUAAAACAAAAAUAGAAAUUGCUGGAGAAACUCAGCAGGUCUGGCAGCAACUGUGAAGAGUGAAACAAAGUUAACAUUUCGGCAUGAUUCCUUCAUAAGAAGUUUAACCUACUUCUUCAGUUCUGAAGAAGAGUCAUAGUAGUACUUGAAAUGAUAACAAAGUGUGAAGCUGGAUGAACACAGCAACCCACCCAACACACCUGAGAGUGAAAACUCAAGUUUUUUAUUCCUCACUAUUUGUGCACGCUCUGAUGAAGGGUCUAGGCCCGAAACGUCAGCUUUUGUGCUCCUGAGAUGCUGCUUGGCCUGCUGUGUUCAUCCAGCUCCACACUUUAUUAUCUUGGAGUCUCCAGCAUCUGCAGUUCCCAUUAUCUCUGAUCACACUUGAAACGUUAACUCUGUUUUUCUGUCUCAACCUGCAGAGUUUCUCCAGCGUUCUCUGUGUUUGUUCAGAUUCAGGUGGCUCAGCAGUUAGCACUGCUGCCUCACAGCACCAGGGACCUAGGUUCAAUCCCACGCUUGGGUGACUGUCUGUGAGGAGUUUGCACAUUCUCCCUAUGUCUGCGUGGGUUUCCUCCCACAGUCCAAAGAUGUGCCAGUUAGGUGGAUUGGUCAUUCUAUAGUUCCUAGGGAUGUUUGGGUUAGACAAGGGAAAUCAGGGGUAGGAUAAUGGGUCUGAGUGGGAUGCUCAUCAGAGGGUCAGUGUGGACUUAUUGGGCUGAAUAGCCUGUUUCCCCACUCUUGGGGUUCUGUAAUUUCCAGCAUCUGCAGUAUUUUGCCUUUAAUGAUAUGUACAGAAAGUCUCUUUUUUUACGUAUGUCUGACUUAUGGACACUAAGAUUUACAAAGCAAUCCCAUACUGGGUGUAAUUUCAGCUCUGACAAAGAGUCUAGACUUGAAGCAUUAGUUUGGUCUCUCUCUACAGAUGCUGCCUGACCCAUCAUGACUUCUAGCAGUUUUUGUUUAUCAAUGCAAUUUUAGAUAUCAAACGUAGGAACAUUUCCUGUACUCAUGAACAGCUGCUUUACUUUAUACUGCUUUGUUUUUCGACUUGCAUGCAAAUGGACUCAAGAAUGCCUGCACAAAAACGGAAGUUGCUGGAAAAGCUCAGCAGGUCUAGCAGUAUCUGUGAAGAAGAUCUGAGUUAUUGUUUCAGGUCCGGUGACCCUUCCUCAGAAUGUUCUGACGAAGGGUCACUGAACCGAAAUGUUAGCUCUGUUUUUUUUUCACAGAUGCUGUCAGACCCGUUGAGCUUUUCCAGCAACUAUUUGCUCCUGAUUUACAGCAUCCACAGUUCUUUCGGUUUUUAUCAGGAAUUCCUGUACCCGUCUAAAGGAUGCUGAGCCACAGCCUAUUAUUAUGAAGCUUUGUGAAUACAAGUAAAGAAAUUGAAAUGCAGGAAAAUAAAUUUUACAGACUAUACACGCUUUUUGCCAAAUCCAUAAUGGAUGAAGGAAAACCCUAGGCAAAAGCAGAAAAAUUUUCUUCAUUGCAGCAUUCAGGUUCUUCUGAAAUAAUUCCAUUGAUUUUACUUUCAGUUCUCAAUCUGGGGUGCAUUUAUCGAUCAUUCUGUGCUCUUGCUGCUUUCAGUUUUAAACUUGCCUUGCACUAGUCCAGGGUUUUGGUGCUUUCUUCUACUCUCAAAGUUUAAACUAAUUUUUCACGUACACCAACUCGCAAAUGUUCCACCCUUCCCCCUACCGCAACCCACCUGAGAAUGAAAACUCAAGUUUUUUAUUCCUUAUUAUUUGUUCUUAAAACAGAGUCAUUGAAGACUGGGAAUCCAGUCUUGUGAAGCUUUUCUAUACGGUCUGCAAUUUUUUAUGUUGUAUUUCAGUGACCAGAGCAGUACCCUGAGACUCAGGGUAUGCUGGACUUGAACACUGUACAGUUUAAUCAAGGUUUGGUGUUUGCUGGUAUGUUUAAAAUAUUAGGAUGUUUACAGCACAAAUGGAGGCCAUUUGGCCCAUCAUAUCGAUGCUGGCUUUUUUUUUCUUAAGAGGCACUCAGUUAGCUACGUCUUCUUUUCUCCCUCUCUCAUAUUUAUAAUUCCUAAAGUCCAACCUGAGCCCAUUCAGGUAAAGGAAGUGAUCAAGGUUCAUAACGUGGUGCACCUCGAAGUGUUUUUAACAGUAACAUACAAACAUCAGUGCCCUCAUCUUCAAUGACAACCUUAAUCAUGGGGAACAAGCAGGGAAGUGGACGUGAGAAAUGUCAGAUCAGCCAUGAUCCUAUUGCAUGGUGGACUAGAUUCAUGGGGCCGACUCCUCUUCACUCUGAUGGCCAACAUGUGGAAUGAGGAGGAACUUGGGCAUUCUGCAGGUGCCACGUUGGGACAGUCAGGCAAUGCUUGUCGUGUUCCUGAUCUAUGACUCACGCUGGCAUAGAGCCAUCACCUGGCCAUUCAUGAUUGGUAUGCUGUCUCUUGAGUUUUAGUUAGCCAUCCCAGUAUGCCAGUCACAUGCCAGCAGUGCAAGUGAGCCCAGUUUGUGUGACACCUUGCAGCAUUUGUUGUCACUGAUGGGUGUAAUCAGACCAAACCAAUUACUCGGGUUUGAUUCCAGUCUUUUCUUCCCCAUCCUUUCCUGAGUUGGAAGACAUGUGUCAAUCGUUCCCUUAAUCCCCUCUGUUUUAAUGAAAACAGCCGCAUUUUUUUUUCAAAUCUCCACUUUUUGUACUUCUGGACUGCAGCCACCAUCUUAGUGAAUCAGGAUUACAAACAGAGAGUGAUGGAGAAACUCAGUGCAUCUGUGAAGGCAGAAACUGAGUUACACUUUUGGAUUUCAAAGAAGAGCCAUUUGGACUCAAAACUCUGUCUCUCACAAUGUUUCAGGGGCAGCCGAAUCUCCUAAGUAUCUACAGCAUGUUCUGUUUUCAUUUUGGAUUUCCAGCGUCUGCAGUAUCUUGCUUUUAUCUUAAUGAUUCUGUUUUGUAUCCUUUCUAAGGCCUCAAUAACUUGCCUAAAGCUUCACACAGUACUCCAACUAUGGUGUUACUAUAUCGUUUGUACUGAUUCCCCAUCAUAUCUCGACUUUUUUUUGACGCUGCUGUUGUGUGAAACCAGACUUCCAUUUAGAGACAUGAUUCACUUGAGUUGUUGGUUGUAAUGUUUUGUGAACCCAAAUCUGGAAUCCCUCUACAUUUCUAUCUCACCCUCCACCCAAACUGUAUCACUUCUCAUUUACAGACAGACUUACAUCUCUACUUGUCUGUUCUGCCACCUCAGAUUCACCUUUCUUUGAUCCUCAGAAAUGCUGUUCCAAUAUUGCUUUUAAGCGUGAACACUAGCCCAUUAAUAAACAAUGUUUGCAACUUUUCACCCCUUUAUAUUCCUUAUUCAUAAGCAUCCCAUAGUAAAUCCAUCUUAAAGUCACUGUCAUAUUCGGACUACUCCUAGCUGUUUCCAUUUUACAUUUAGUUCGUUUAGGUGACUUAUUUCAAAUUUAUGUCUUCGGGCUGGCCCCUUAGUUGUUUUGAAUCUUCUUCAACAUAACACCACCUCUUCAUUUUUUUACAUUUGCACACACUGUAUGUGGGACUUCUUAACUUUACACUAUGCCUUCAUGGUACCUCAUUCUAACUGAUACUUUUCUUGACUUCUCGAAAGUGGAGCAGUUCCACAGACCUGUACAUUAUUUACGUUCUCAGGUGUCAAGUUAACUUGCUGUCUGGUCCCUGGUGAAACUUUCACUGUUCUCGGCUUUGGUGAAUAUACGUGUAUCUCUGUCUGUGUACACAAUGUGGCUUGUAUUUGUGCGUGCAUGUAUAUAUGUCUAUGUUUGUGACUGUCUGGGUUUGUAUGAGUGAUCUACGUGUGUGUGUCAGUGUUUGUAUGUGUGGUCUGUGUAUGCAUGAUCCAUGUGUGUGUGUCAGUGUUUGUAUGUGUGGUCUGUGUAUGUGUGAUCCAUGUGUGUGUGUCAGUGUUUGUACGUGUGGUCUGUGUAUGUGUGGUCCAUGUGUGUGUGCCAAUGUUUAUACGUGUGGUCUGUGUAUGUAUGGUCUACAUGUGUGUGUCAGUGUUUGUACAUGUGGUCUGUGUAUGUGUGGUCUACAUGUGUUUGUACAUGUGGUCUGUGUAUGUGUGGUCCAUGUGUGUGUGUCAAUGUUUGUACGUGUGGUCUGUGUAUGUAUGGUUUACAUGUGUGUGUCAGUGUUUGUACAUGUGGUCUGUGUAUGUGUGGUCUACGUGUGUGUGUCAGUGUUUGUACAUGUGGUCUGUAUGUAUGGUCUACGUGUGUGUGUCAGUGUUUUGUACAUGUGGUCUGUGUAUGUGUGGUCUACGUGUGUGUGUCAGUGUUUGUACAUGUGGUCUGUGUAUGUGUGGUCUACGUGUGUGUGUCAGUGUUUGUACAUGUGGUCUGUGUAUGUGUGGUCUACAUGUGUGUGUCACUGUUUGUACGUGUGGUCUGUGUAUGUAUGGUCUACGUGUGUGUGUCAGUGUUUGUACAUGUGGUCUGUGUAUGUGUGGUUUACGUGUGUGUGUCAGUGUUUGUACGUGUGGUCUGUGUAUGUGUGGUCCAUGUGUGUGCGUCAGUGUUUGUAUGUGUGGUCUGUGUAUGUAUGGUCUACGUGUGUGUGUCACUGUUUGUAUGUGUGGUCUGUGUACGUGUGGUCUAUGUGUGUGUGUCACUGUUUGUACGUGUGGUCUGUGUAUGUGUGGUCCAUGUGUGUGUGUCAGUGUUUGUAUGUGUGGUCUGUGUAUGUAUGGUCUACGUGUGUGUGUCACUGUUUGUACAUGUAGUCUGUGUAUGUAUGGUCUACGUGUGUGUGUCAGUGUUUGUACAUGUGCUCUGUGCAUGUAUGGUCUACGUGUGUGUGUCAGUGUUUGUACAUGUGGUCUCUGUAUGUGUGGUCCAUGUGUGUGUGUGUCAGUGUUUGUAUGUGUGGUCUGCGUAUGUAUGGUCUACGUGUGUGUGUCACUGUUUGUACAUGUGGUCUGUGUAUGUGUGGUCUACAUGUGUGUGUCAGUGUUUGUAUGUGUGGUCUGUGUAUGUAUGGUCUACGUGUGUGUGUCAGUGUUUGUACAUGUGGUCUGUGUAUGUAUGGUCUACAUGUGUGUGUCAGUGUUUGUACGUGUGGUCUGUGUAUGUAUGGUCUACGUGUGUGUGUCAGUGUUUGUAUGUGUGGUCUGUGUAUGUAUGGUCUACGUGUGUGUGUCAGUGUUUGUACAUGUGGUCUGUGUAUGUGUGGUCUACGUGUGUGUGUCAGUGUUUGUACGUGUGGUCUGUGUAUGUAUGGUCUACAUGUGUGUGUCAGUGUUUGUACGUGUGGUCUGUGUAUGUAUGGUCUACGUGUGUGUGUCAGUGUUUGUACGUGUGGUCUGUGUAUGUGUGGUCUACAUGUGUGUGUCAGUGUUUGUACGUGUGGUCUGUGUAUGUAUGGUCUAUGUGUGUGUGUGUGUCAGUGUUUGUACGUGUGGUCUGUGUAUGUAUGGUCUACAUGUGUGUGUCAGUGUUUGUACAUGUGGUCUGUGUAUGUAUGGUCUACGUGUGUGUGUCAGUGUUUGUACGUGUGGUCUGUGUAUGUGUGGUCUACGUGUGUGUGUGUCAGUGUUUGUACGUGUGGUCUGUGUAUGUGUGGUCUACGUGUGUGUGUCAGUGUUUGUACGUGUGGUCUGUGUAUGUGUGGUCUACGUGUGUGUGUCAGUGUUUGUACGUGUGGUCUGUGUAUGUGUGGUCUACGUGUGUGUGUCAGUGUUUGUAUGUGUGGUCUGUGUAUGUGUGGUCCAUGUGUGUGUCAGUGUUUGUAUGUGUGGUCUGUGUAUGUAUGGUCUACGUGUGUGUGUCACUGUUUGUAUGUGUGGUCUGUGUAUGUAUGGUCUACGUGUGUGUGUCACUGUUUGUAUGUGUGGUCUGUGUAUGUGUGGUCUACGUGUGUGUGUCUGUGUUUGUAUGUGUGGUCUGUGUAUGUAUGUUCUACGUGUGUGUGUCACUGUUUGUAUGUGUGGUCUGUGUAUGUGUGGUCUAUGUGUGUGUGUCACUGUUUGUAUGUUUGGUCUGUGUAUGUAUGUGUGGUCUGUCUUUGUGUGUAUGUAGUCUAUAUUUGAACGUGGGAUAAUGGGAACUGCAGAUGCUGGAGAAUUCCAAGAUAAUAAAAUGUGAGGCUGGACGAACACAGCAGGCCAAGCAGCAUCUCAGGAGCACAAAAGCUGACGUUUCGGGCCUAGACCCUUCAUCAGAGAGUCUAUAUUUGAACGCGUGUGUGUUUGCAUGGCUGUCUGUGUUUAUUACUGUGUGUGUGUGCGUGUGUUCUGUAUGUAUGGUCUCUGAGUGUGUCUGUACAUGCACUAACUGUCCCGUGUUUUAACGGAUUCCUCCUUCAUGUGACUGCUUGUCCUACGUGCCUUAAUUUUUAGUUAUAGACCCACAUUUCUAAUACAGCCUAUGGAACACCAAUUCUGGGAGUCUCUGGGUGAGUCUGAGUGAUUCGUGUUUGCCUGCAAGUGACUGGCUUGGUCAGCAGAGAAAUACCUCUGUUGUGAAUCAACAAGAAAAGUUGAUUUUAGACAUGACUCCCCAGCAAUUAUAAUUUCAAGGCUAGCCACCAUCUGCAUGUUAAAAUCCUGCUUGACCACAUCCCCACUGACAGGAGCAUUAAAAAUCACUUCCACAUCUCCAACCCAGUCCAAUGGUCAAAGUGUCCCUUAUUUGAUUGGAAUUGGUUAUCCUGUUUCAUCAGUGCACAGUCAUUGUCUGCUUUCAUUUGCAAUUCCAACAGUUAGUUUAGGGAACAAAUUUAAACAGAAAAAUGUGCACAGUCCGAUUGGAAUAUUGUUAAAAAAAGUCCAAGUGCCAGUGCUCAUAUGGGAAUGUUAGACAGUCAAAUGGUGCUCGCAGUUCCUUUGUUUCCAGGCCUGGAAGGCCCAAAGUAGCCCUCAAUCUCCACAGUUCACACCAAUCUCUCAUGACGUUGCAGGGUUUAUUGAUUACACCUCCAACUGUAAUUCCAUGACUAGACUGCAGUCAGUCACCAGACACAGGUGUUUGUAGCACAUGUCUCGCCUGCUCCAAAAAAUGGGGUUUAAAAAGUUUUAAAUUAGGUGCCUGGGUGGUGUAGAUUUGAAUGGAUGGAUUUAGCAGGAUUCUUCAAGGUCAAAAAUCAAACGGCAUCAGCUUGCAGUCCAACAGUUUAUUUGAAAACGCAAGCUUUUGGAGUCUCGCUCCUUCUUGAGGUGUUAGUUCAGGUCUUAGAAGGAGCAGGACUCUGAAAGCUUGUGUUUCCAAAUAAACCAGUUGGACUCUAACCUGGUGUUGUGUGAUUUUUGACCUUGUGAACCCCAGUCCAAAACGGGCACCUCCACAUCAUGGAUUUUUCAGUUAAAGAAAGUGGAGCAAAGAAAUCACUGAGGAAUGAGCAUAUAACUGUAAAACGAUAGAGAUCUCUAUGCACACAGAGAGGACAAAGAAUAGGGCAAUAGGGAAGGAAAAUAGUCUGAAGAUAGGCAAUCAGCCAUACUCCUAGUAAAAGACAAAACAGGUUCGAGAAGCCAUAUGAUUUGCUCCUGCCCUAUUUAUUUACAUUCAAGGAAUACAAAAGGCAUUUUCUUUAUAAUGUUGAAUAUGGCUGUUGUUACAGGGAAAAUAAAAGUGAUGCUGUAUGCCACGUCAGUCAGGUAGCUGCCCUGCUGGACAGUGUGCAAGGCAAUAAACAGUAAAUGUGUUGUUAGGCAUGAAUCAGACAAAUAUUAAACCCAUCCAAUCAAAAAGAUUCCUGGCUCUGAUGAAGAGUCAUUCCAAACUCGAAACUUUAACCCUGUUCCUCUCUCCACAGAUGCUGCCUGGGUUUCUCCAGCUUUCUGUGUGUUCCUUGUAAACAAUUGGAUUUAUUCAGAAUCAAUGUCUCUUAAAGCUAUGAGACUUAACACAGCAGAAUUAAUAUAUCCAGUGAUACUUUGCUUUCCUAAUAUAAAUUCUUCUGGAAGAUUGCACAGAUUUCGAGGUAUAUUGGUUUACCCAGCUACACAUACUAAUAAUUCAGAAGCAUUCCCAUGAACUAAACACUGCGUUGGUAUGUACACUGUGUCGCGUGUGAUGUUUCCUCCGGAGACAUCAAACACAGACAAAAAGAAUUGGAGUUCAUCCCACAUAAUCGAGUCCCCAUGUGAACAUUGAAUGAUAUUCUGUGAUAAAAGCUCUUUUAAUAAUGUGCCAUAUCUUUCUAAUCAAAGUCUGUAUUGAGAAUCAAGUAUUGUAACAUGUUUUAAAAUAUAUAUGGGUUUGGAAAAUAAAGUGGAUGUACUUGAAGCUG